AUGAUUGAAAUAAGAAGACCACUUUCAGAAAAGAAUUUAGGAAAUAGAUCAAACAAAGAUUUGCAAAGACCUAAUUCAUCUAAUUCAUAAUAAAAAUAGAAUUUGUAAACUAUGAAAAGUUCAAUAUAAUUACAAAAACAAAAUCAAAACUUUUAUUCCAAAUAUUUUAGUAGUAAAGAUUAAAAAGAGAAUAUUGAAAUACGUUCAAAUAUAGAUAGAAAUCAAUCAGCUAAAUAAAAAUAGACACCUUAAGAUUAUAAAAAAUUAUAGGAUAAACUCCUUUAUUUAGAAAAUAAAAUAUCAUCAAUUAAAUCUCAUAUAGAUAAUAGUUAAAGAUAAUCAAAAAAUAGUAUAGCUUCUAAGUUUUUUUCAUAAAAUACAUCAAAUAAUCAUAAUCAAAAUUCUUCAUCAGUAUAAAAAUGUGUAUAAAUUGAUUUUACUAAUAGAGGAUAAAAAGAAUAAAGAGAAUUCACUCCUCAAUAACAAAAUAAAUUAAAAUCAAGUACUCUAAUUAAUAAUAAUAAUGAAUAUAAAUCUUCUAUUGAAGGUACAAUAAUUAAGAAACCAAGUUUAUCUACUUUUGUUACUUAAGUAAAAGCUCCAUUAACAGAAAAUAAAACUAAUUUUAAAAAUUUAAAACCAGAUUCUGCAAAAUCUGGUAGUAAUUCAAUUAAGACAAAUUUUAAAAGGAAAAAUUCUCAAGAAAAAACAGUAGAAUCUUCAUUUUUAUAUUAUAUCUCUUCUAUUAUUAAAGGAUAUAUGUAACCUGAAAUAACAAGAUCAAUAGAAUUAAUUAGAGAACAUUUAUUAUAAACUAUGUAAGCAUCCUUAUUUUAAAAAUCUGUUAAAAUAGUUUCAAAUUUUGAAGAUAAAAAAAUCAAUUUACCCUCCACAAAUAAAAAAACAAUUGUAUUUGAUUUAGAUGAAACUCUAAUACAUUGUAAUGAAUCAAUUUAAGUUCCAGGAGAUAUUAUUUUACCAAUAAAAUUCCCAUCUGGAGAAAUUAUAGAAGUAUAAUAUUAUUAAAUAUAUUUUUAGGCUUCAAUUAAUAUUAGACCAUAUGCUUAAUAAGUAUUAUAGACUUUACAUAAACAUUUUGAGAUCAUUGUAUUUACAGCAUCACAUUCUUGCUAUGCAAAUGUAGUUAUUGAUUAUUUGGACCCUCAUAAAAAUAUGAUAACUCAUAGAUUUUUCAGAGAUAGUUGUAUGUAAACUGAAGAAGGUGCUUACAUAAAAGAUUUAAGAGUAAUUGGAAAUAGAUCAUUAAAUGAUAUGGUUUUAGUGGAUAAUGCAGCAUAUUCUUUUUGUCUUUAACCAUUAAAUGGAAUACCAAUUAUUAAUUAUUAUGAUAAUAAAAUGGAUUAAGUAAGUUAUUUUUAGUGAUAGUAGGAAUUAUUAUAUUUACAAAAUUAUUUGAUGUCAUUAAGAACAGUUAGAGAUGUUAGAUAAUACAAUAGUUAAAAUCUUAAAUUAGAUAAAUUUGCACAAUUUACAGAUCCUAUUGAUUUAUUACAAUCUCUUCAUAAAGAUUAUAUCCCUUGA